AGUCUUUUUAUUCUCUCCAGAAAUCUCUCUCCUGUUCAAGAGGAUUUGUUUGCAUCGCGGGAAGGAUUUGCUCAUCCCCCAUUACACUCUGUCAAGAUUUCAUCAAUUUCGAUUCUUUCCCUUCUUAUUACCCACAAAUUUCAUGAAACUUAUCCGUCAUCUGCUUUCAUUGAUCAUUGAAAAGUCUACACUUGCUUAAAGGGUAGAAUCGCCAACCAGAUCUAGGGUUUUCCUUCUAGCUGAUUUUACUGAUUAUAUCAUAUUAAGGGUCCAAUUGGUUCACUGAGUUUGGGAAAACCCACAAAUUUUCUUUAUCUAAAACCCAGUUUCCAGGUUGAGCGAUAGAGGAAGGCGGGUUGAAGAAUUGUAUCUGAUCUGUUUGUUGGUUGAUCUUAUAGAAUGCCUGUGAAAGGUGCAAGUUCCUCUUUUCGGGAUCGGACGCAGGAGUUUCAGAGCAUAACCGAGAGAUUGAAGAAGUCGUUUUCUUCUCCACAGAAUGGGCCAAGUAGUAGUGGUACGAAAUCGGAUGAUCAACGAGCUGCUCUCUCAAUGCAAUCGGAGUUCAACAAGAAGGCUUCCAAAAUUGGGUUUGGCAUACAUCAGACAUCGCAAAAGCUUUCAAAAUUGGCCAAAUUAGCAAAAAGGACUUCUGUUUUUGAUGACCCAACAAUGGAAAUUCAAGAGCUGACUGCAGUUAUCAAGCAGGAUAUUACUGCAUUAAACUCGGCUGUUGUUGAUCUUCAACUAUACUCUAACUCUCGGAAUGGGAAUGAGAAUGUUUCUAGUGAUACAAGCAGUCAUUCAACUACUGUUGUUGAUGAUCUGAAGAACCGCUUGAUGAGCACAACAAAGGAGUUCAAAGAAGUUCUUACCAUGAGAACAGAGAAUUUGAAGGUUCAUGAAAACAGGAGACAGUUAUUUUCUUCUACAGCUUCUAAGGAUUCUGCAACUUCUUUUGUACGUCAACGGCCAUUAGCAGCUAGAUCUGCAGCUAGUGCCUCUGCGGGUCCUCCUCCACCAUGGGCUAAUGGACCAACAUCUUCAGCAGAGUUGUUUCCUAGAAAACAGGUGGAUGGAGAAUCUCAGCCUUUGCUGCAACAACAUCAACAGCAGCAGCAGCAGCAGAUGGUUCCAUUACAGGACAGUUACAUGCAGAGUAGAGCUGAAGCUCUCCAAAAUGUGGAGUCAACCAUUCAUGAACUCAGCAAUAUUUUCAACCAAUUGGCAACCUUGGUUUCUCAGCAAGGAGAAAUUGCAAUCAGGAUUGAUGAGAACAUGGAUGAUACAAUGGCAAAUGUGGAAGGGGCUCAGGGAGCUUUGCUUAAAUACCUUAACAGCAUAUCAUCUAACAGGUGGUUGAUGAUCAAAGUUUUCUUUGUUCUUAUUUUCUUUCUAAUGAUUUUCCUCUUCUUUGUGGCCUAGAUUAAUAAUGAUAAUAAUAAUAUGUUUUCAAUAGUAUUAUUAAAAACUUCUACUGUGGAUGGAUGAUGGGUAAAUCAUUUUUUUUUUCUUCUUUUCUUUUGACAUUAUCUUAAAUUGGAUUUCAUGUAAUUCUAUAUAGCUGCUACAAGAUUUGUUGCACUUGCCAUAGAGGCAUAUGAGUUGUAUGAACACUAUUGAAUGAUUGAUGAGCAACUUGCUAUUUUCUCUUGUCUCUUUAA